AUGUUCAGUACCGAUGUUGACGGCCGAGAUUCUUCUCCAUCGUUCAGAAAUGGCAUCUCGUCUCCCUUUUUGUCCAUAGCCCUCAGUCGAGAGCAUAUAAUCGAAGCCCUCUCCAAUUCUCCAGAUAAUGGUGCCACGCUGGAUCUGGCGCACAAAGGUUUGACGGAUGUGGGGGAAUCGGGCGCUGAACAGCUCGCAACUUUCGGUCAAGAGGACGAUGGGGAUGCUACCGUUGUGAGGAUUGCUCUCGCCUACAAUCGCUUGACGACCCUACCAAUGGCCUUCGCACUGAUAUCACGUCUGAGAUAUUUGGUCCUCAGGAAUAAUAACUUCUCUGUCUUUCCGGAUGUUUUGACUGUGAUGCCGUCUUUGGAGAUACUGGAUAUCAGUCGUAAUAAAAUCCAACGAUUUCCUCGCGAGCCUGGAACGCUUGUGAACUUAAAGGUAUUUUCUAUUAUGCGCAACAAAAUACAAAGGCUCCCAGCCUAUCUCUCUCGAUUUCGACAGUUAACCCUUUUCAAAGUCGACCAGAAUCCGAUACAGUGGCCUCCAAAAUCAGUUCUUCAAUAUUCAGGUGACCCAAAUGACUCUCAAGUUAUGUCCGAAUGGAUCAGCCGUGUCCAGCAAUGGCUAGGAGACAAUCUCCCUUCUCCCUAUGAACGGAAGAUGAGUGAAGACUCCCUCCAGAGUGUGUCAUCUUGUCGAGACCUUCCUGAUGUAACCACUGAUCUCAAUCUUAGUUCAGUACCUCAGUCAUCCCCGCCACAAGCUGGACUACAGGCAACUGCUCUCUAUCAUGCCCGUUCUUUCUCACUGGAGUCGGACGCUUCGACAUAUUUUCAGUUGGAACGGUCGCGUAGUAGCGAUGAGCCGAAUAGGUCCUCGCGUUCUGAUAAGCCCAACUUCCCUCUCCCUCUCCAGUUUGCGACCGUAUUCCCGGCUAGCAACGACACAUCUCCUGCCAGAUCUCCUGAUUCGUAUUAUCCGUCAGAUGAGGUCUCUGGAAGUGAAGAGUCACAGACCACUGCGCUAGAAUUGGAACCAUCACAUAAUUCGAACGAUUAUCUACCUCAUGGGGCGCAUCGAGGAUCAGCUAGUAGCAACCUGACUGUCAAGAAUAGCUUCCCUGAUUUACAAUUGGCAAAGUUACAUCUCAACACAGACAGAGACGAAAAAAUUUAUGCCAAACGAUCUGCUUCGUUGGUCGGAUCGUACGGGUUGAGCAGUUCACACCACUCGCCGGAAGAUCCGCCCAUUCCAGAUCCCACAUUGACCCAUAGGCCUGCACCUCCCAUGGAUAAGGAGCGACAUUCUUAUUUCCGUCGUCUAUCUGCAUUAACGCCGCUCGACCUUGCAAAAAAAAUCCCAGAAGAUUUGCUUGCUCUGGUUGAUGCCGUCCGAGGGAUUCUCUUUGGUGUCUCACAAAUUUACGAAACUCUACAACACUACACAGUGUACGCCAUUGAUGAGCGAUUGUCGGCCGUUCUCCUGAAAGUUUUGGAUCCUGCAAGUGUGUACAUUUCCCAGCUAAUCGGUGCGCUCGACCGUUUCGACUCUAUCAGUAGGAAAGCCCUUCCGCCGCCGCCGGUCUGCAGAACAGUCAUUGAAAGCUGCAGAGACAAUGUCACUGUUUUUGGGAAAGCAGUGGGAGUUCUGGCAUUACAGCUGAAGAUACUGGCGACACACGACGACGUUCGUUAUACUCGACAGAUGUUGCUCACACUCUAUGGAGCAAUGGCCGAGAUCGCUGGUUCGUGGCAAGCUAUCGCUAGCCGUAUAGAAGUAGUAAAACCUCUGCUUUGGGAGGUGCGGCCACCACCUCCUGCAAAGUCGUACGCCACUCAAAGCCAGCUGUCUCGGACGCCAGGUGUGAAUGGUAUCGAUUCUACUAGAACCCCAGUCUCCGCACCUGCUGGACCAUCCACCUUCUUGCCUCUCGACCACCCGCGUCCGAGACCCAAUAUUUCUCCAAACUCUCCUGAUCAUGGAAAAACCCGCAUGACGCGUCGGCAUGCAGGUUCGUUCAGUUCCAAGGACGUUGAGAUUGGCAAAAUGCUACCAUCAUUCAUUGACGUCCCUUCACUGACCACCGUAGUCCUGAAUGGUGCCCCACCGCCAACUCCUGUGCCACGGAUGACCAGACGAGUUGCGACACCCCUUGGCUCCGCUUCACUCAACCAGACACCCCUGACUACCUCGACAGGGCUGCAUUAUCCGGACAGUACAUUUCCCGGGUCAGUGUAUCAAUCAGCCACUUCCUCCGAGUCACAUUCCCGUCAAGGGUCUCAGAGCUCUCUCCUCGCGUCAUCAUCAUCAGUCUCCCUUGUGUCCCGACUUGGGCAGAUUGAGGUCCCCUCAAGCACUAAUACUCUCGUGGACAAGGAAGCUAUUAGUGCCAUGAGGGCAGCGCUUGAUGCUGCACCGGCGAUCUGGGUCAUGACGAGCGAGAUUUUACAAGAAGUGAAGGAUAUAAAGGAGGAUCUAAAACAUAUUCUAAAUAAAGCAAAGGAAGCGGCGGACAGAUUAGGACAGAAUAUCGACGCGAUACAGGAUGGUACACCGGCCGCUGACAGGAAACCUCUGCACGAUGAUGCGCGUGGCUUCGCAAAGACGGUUAUCCAAUUGUCCACUGCCAUGAAGACGCAUAUUGCAGCCCACCCGCUAUUCUCAACUUUGCGAACAAACAUGGUGAAAUUGACGAACGCUACGGAAGAAUUUAUUAUCCUGUUGCACGUUUCCUCUUUUUCUCCUGCACAGACGCCUCGGCCGUAUUCUCCCAUUGUCGCGCAUCCCAGCCCUCUUGGACUGGGCGAUGACGGCAAACUUGGGACCAACCUGUCGCGUACCCGUAGCGCGCUGCCGUCCGCCAGCUCGAGACUGGCACCAUCUGGGAGGGAGCUGCCUUACAGCGCUUUGCCUCAUCAAACAUUUUUCCUUCCUACUGCUCCUUUGGGACCAUUUCGCAGGGACGUUGCUGAUGAUUCUCCGGUCGUUACUGGUUGA